GUCGGGCUGUAGAUUUCAUCCAAAUCAUGGCGGCUACCGGAAGCUGUAAACUUUCGCCGGUUAGCAUUAGGUGCUAUCUAGAGUAUUUACAUUGAUUUACAGGCAGAUAUACAUGGGUGCCGGCUCGUGUAUAUUCAGAGCUUAUUUACCAGUACUCUUAACUGAGUGGAAGUGUCUCCCUUUUUACUGCAGUGGUUGUCCACUAAAGAGUGUGAGAGUGUAUCUCCAGAGUUACGAGCAGAGAUCGCAGGACGCAAUGAUCUGGCAUCAACGUGUAGGUACUGAUGAGAACUGAUUGCAAUGAUUGUGCAAUGACCGGCAAUUGCAAGAGCUAGAAGAUACGUUUGUGUUCGAAUAAAUAUCUAUCCAGAUUUGUGGAAAACCAAGGACGGCCUUCAGUUUUCGCAUUUGCAGUUACAGCGGACGCUCUUUAAUUCGUGGAGACAUUGCGAUCAAUUAUUCAUUUUGACAAUUUGCGUAUCUGAAAUUAGUGAAAAUUUUCAUCGGCCUUAGGCAUUGGAUCAAAUAGUGAAACCAACUACUAUUAGACUGAGUUAUAUUAUUCAAUCUUAGAAGAGAGAACGAUUACAAUGUCAGAGAUUUGGCGUGAAAUAGAGACAGCGAAAAGUGAAAAUAGGUAUGAACUAAAACUUUCAGGGCCAGAUAUUUCAAAGAAAAUUGAACAAGGCGGCAUUCAUCGGGCGCUCUUUUCAUUGAAAGGUCUGAAUUUUUUGCAGUGUAGUGAUACGUGUUUGGAAGUUGUACCUGAUGAUAUAGGAAAAUUAGAAAAUCUUACAAGUUUGCUUCUUCAUUCUAAUAAAAUUACGUCCUUACCCAGUACUAUUGGGAAGUUAACAAAACUUAAACUUCUUGAUGUAUCGAGUAAUAGACUGGAAUAUGUGCCAAGGGAAAUUUCACAGUUGGGUCAGUUAACUUCCUUGAAUUUGACUGCCAAUGCCUUAAAAGACAUCCCUAGUUUAAUAGGAAACACAAAAUUAAGUAUUUUAGACUUGUCCCAUAAUCAAUUUGAAAAUUUUCCGGAUAUUUGCCAUCAAGAAUUGGUUCAUUUAUCAGAAGUAAAACUGAAUGGCAACAAAAUAAAGGAAAUACCUUCAGCAAUAUGUAACCUGAGUUCCUUAAAAUUGCUUGAUAUUGCUGAUAAUUGCAUUACAGUUGUACCUGGAGAACUUGCUGAUGCACCUAAGUUAAAAGAACUCAACUUAAAAGGGAAUUCUCUGAGUGAUCGCAGAUUAUUCAAAUUGGUUGAUAAAAACACAUCAAAGCAAGUAUUGGAUUAUGUUCGUCAACACUGUCCCCGAUCAUCUGGAACUGUGGAUGGAAGUGGUUCCAAAGGAAAGAAGGGCAAAAAGGGCAGGAAAGAUCCAGCAGAUGCUACUAAUUCUGUAAAUGAGGAUGUGGCCAAACUUUGCAACAGGCUUGAAGUGCUUCACGUGAAGGACACUACACCUGCAGUCAAAAUAACAGAAGCAGUCAAAACUGUUCGACCUCAUAUUGCAUGUUGUAUUGUAAGGGAUGUUCAUUUGACUGCAGAAAAUUUAAAGAAGUUUAUACAGCUUCAGACAAAGCUCCAUGAAACUGUAUGCGAUAAAAGAAAUGCUGCAACAAUUGCUACACAUGAUCUUGAUUUGCUUCCGUCUGGAGAUUUGACCUACACUGCUCUUCCUCCAGCAACCUUUUCAAUUAAACCAUUAUCUCGGGCCAAAGAAGUCUCAGGGCAGCAAUUGUUCCAGCAGCUACAACAGGAAGCUGAGGAUUUACGAAAAGAAAAAAAACGCAAUGUGUACUCUGGAGUUCACAAGUAUCUCUACCUAUUGGAAGGAAAGUCUGUUUUUCCUGUGUUAUUGAAUAGUGAAGAUAAAGUAGUUUCUUUUCCACCAAUUACUAACAGCGAUAUAACAAAGCUGUCACUUUCCACAAGAUCUCUCUUCCUGGAAGUGACAAGUGCAGCUUCUCAAACCAAGUGCCGUCAAGUACUUGACACACUACUUACAGAAAUGCUAAAUCUUGGCCUUGGAGAUGGUUCAGAUAAAGAGUGUAAUGGCUUUCACAGUCUUUGUAUAGAACAGGUCAAAAUAGUUGAUGUAGAAGGAAACUUAAAAGUGGUGUAUCCUGCUCGACAUGACCUGAUUUUUGAAAAUUCUGAUAUUUCUGUAAUUAGAGAGUAAGUGUGAUAUGUUCAUCAUUGUUUGUUUGGUUUACUAAAUAGCCCAAGAUUGGGUGGAACUGAGAGAAAAUGUACUGCUAAUGCAGAUCUUUUUCUUAUAUGAACAAUAAGAUACAUUUUUUCUUUUUCACAAUGUUUGUAAUUAUAUGUCAGCUGCUGUGAUAACUUCAUGUAAUUUGUCAUAAAAAGUUGCCACAUGAAUGUUUUAUUUAAAGUCUUUUACUUAUUAAUGCAUCUUUGGAGUUUAUUACUUGGGAAUCCUGUAAACCUUGCUACUUCCCCGACUUCUAAGCUAUAGUUUGGACAUGUAAGUUCAUACAGGUGUUGUUUCAAGAAAAUAUAAGAUCUUGUGCUGUUAUAUGUAGUUUAUAUGCAAAUGUGUGCAAUGAUUGAUAAUAAUGCAUAUGAGUACCUGCAUGUUAUAUAAUCUGUUUUCUGCAAUUUAUCAUUUUUGUGUGUUUCUAAUAUUUACAUAACUAAUAAACGCAGCCAAUAUUCUGGCAUUUCAUUACAUUUCUGUCUCCAAAGUUUUCAUGUUAAAAAUUGGCAAUUUUUCUUAUUGUGUAAGGAAGUCUUUGUGUUGAAACUUGAGUAAGAACCAUAAGAAUAAAUUAUAUUUAUGUUUGAAAUCAGUAAUGUUCUUUAUUUUACUGUAUUUAUUUGAAUAUAUAAUCAAUACUUGUUUGAUGAAUACUUGAAGUAAUCAAUAGUUGUUUUUGAGAGAAAAUGUGGAAAACAAUUUUCACUUUCUGAUAUAGUUAUAAGAUUAUUGUGUAUUGCAUAUACUUUCGUGGCAUGAGUGUACUCUCUAUAUACACCUUUUUUAUGCAACCCGAAAGGAUGCCCGAUUGUGCACCACAGUAUUCAAAGUUUUGUAUGGGAAUUUAUCAACCAAGCUUCUCAUGAUAUCUUGUGGUACAGAUUUGUCCAAAAUAAAAAUUCAAAAAUUUAUAUGCAGUCUGCUGUGCAUAUUUUGUUAAACACUAUUCUUGCAAAGGAAUGGAUGAAUGAUCUGGCCAAUUACAGGGAACCACUACUACUGUUGUUUCAUUGGGAAAUUUACAGGAAAAUUUCAUUAAUUUUUUUCAUUUUUCAAUAACUUGUAUCGAAAUGUAAGAUGGACAAAAACUACAUUCAAUAGCUCUUGUAACUUAUUAGGCUACAUUGCUGUGGCAAAUGAUACUUACUCAGAUACUUCUUAGGACCACCUUUUAUAAUAUCUAGACAUGUUGACUUGGUAUCCAUUGUAGAUGUGCCAUGUGAUAUAGAUAAAAUUUUAUGAACAGUUAUUUAAGAGAAUAUCAAAUAAAUGACAUUCUUGAAAGUGAAACUCAAUAUGAAAAUUAUGGCUGAAAUUUUUGUCAUUAAGGGGAUCAAGUUCACCAUUUACUACUAUUACUGGACACAGCAGAUGUUAAACAAUGUCGAGUUAAUGUUUGUUGAAGAAUCAGAGAUCAUGAACAACAGUGCAGCUGAAAUAAAAUUAAAUGUCACAGAAAGGAAUGUUCUUAGGUGACAUCAGAUAAAAGACAAUUCAAAUUCAACUGUCAAAGCUUUUGAUGAGAACUAACAUGAUAUGGGGAAGGUCCAGAAAGAAUGAAUAUUAUGAAUGAAGAAGAGGAUGAUGAUAGUGACAAAAAUAUAAUAUAUUAAUACAUU